UAGAGGGAGGGCGGUCUGAACAAGCCUGCAGUCUCUCAACUGCAGCAUGCAAGAUCUAUUUCGUUUUGAUCUCUGACACCUCAGUUAAAACCUAUAUAGGGGAGAAAGAUCCCGGCCAGGAAACAACCCCAAUCACACCCAUGAUCACGGUCCCAUUAGGACAAGGCUGGGAACAGGAUGGCAGAGAGACAGAACACUGUGGUAUCCAUUGCUGGUUACUAUGCAGGAAAGGACAUCCUCAUCACUGGAGCGACUGGCUUCAUGGGUAAGGUGCUGGUGGAGAAGCUGUUCCGGUCCUGUCCUGAUGUGAAAAAUAUCUACAUCCUGGUAAGGCCCAAGGCCGGCCAGUCCACGCAGGAACGGAUUGAAGACAUGGUGAAAUGCAAGCUGUUUGACCGUGUGCGGGAGGACAAUCCUGACUUCCACAAGAAGAUCAUUCCUAUCAGCAGUGAACUGACCCAACCCAAUCUGGCCAUCAGCCCCAAGGAUGUAGAGACGCUAACUGCCUGUAUCAACAUUGUCUUCCACUGUGCAGCCACUAUUCGCUUUGACGAGCCUUUGAAGCAUGCCCUGCAGCUGAACGUGAUCGCGACACAGCAGCUCCUGGCUCUUGCACGUCAAAUGCAGAAGCUUGAGGCCUUUGUCCACAUCUCCACUGCCUAUGCAAACUGUAACCGAAGACACAUCAACGAGGUCAUUUACCCUCCUCCCGUGGAGCCCAAGAAGCUGAUUGAUUCCAUGGAGUGGAUGGACGAUGGUAUAAUCCGAGAUAUCACCCCUCGUCUAAUCGGGGACUGGCCCAACACCUACACUUACACCAAAGCCCUGGCCGAGUACGUGGUCCAGCAGGAGAGCAGCAAACUGAACAUUGCCAUCAUCAGGCCAUCCAUUGUGGGGGCCAGCUGGCAGGAACCCUUCCCAGGUUGGAUUGACAACUUCAAUGGACCAAGUGGACUGUUUAUUGCUGCAGGAAAAGGGAUUUUGCGGACCAUGAGAGCCACUAAUGAUGCUGUGGCAGACCUUAUUCCUGUGGACAUAGUUAUUAAUCUCACACUGGCAGCAGGCUGGUACACGGCUGUACAGAGACCAAAAUCAGCAUUGGUAUACAACUGCACAACAGGCGGGAUCAACCCUUUCCACUGGGGAGAGAUCGAGUACCUUGUUAUUUCUACCUUUAAGAGGAACCCACUGGAGCAAGCUUUUAGGAGACCAAAUGCCAACAUCACAUCCAACUACCUGAUAAACCAGUACUGGAUCGCUGUCAGUCACAAGGCCCCGGCAUUCCUCUAUGACUUAUACCUGCGAUUAUCAGGACAAAAACCCAGGAUGAUGAGGAUUUUCAACAGACUUCAUAAGUCCAUGAUGUUACUUGAGUACUUCAGCAGUCAGUCGUGGGAGUGGAACUCAGAUAACAUGACCAUGCUAAUGGGUCAACUAAGUCCUGAGGACAAGAAGAUCUUUAAUUUUGACGUGCGUCAGCUGCACUGGCCAGAAUACAUUGAGAACUAUUGUAUCGGGACUAAGAAAUAUGUUCUGAACGAGGACAUGUCUGGGCUUCCAGCUGCAAGGCAACAUCUAAAGAAGUUGAGGAACAUCCGCUUUGCCUUCAAUACCAUCUUCCUGGUGUUCAUCUGGCGCAUUUUUAUUGCCAGGUCUCAGAUGGCACGGAACAUCUGGUAUUUUGUAGUCAGCCUCUGCUACAAAUUCCUGUCUUAUUUUAGGGCAUCCAGCACCCUCCGACACUGAACCCACAAACCAGCAUUCGUUUCUGCAGAAACCCAACCUUCUGGUUAGCAGUGCUGGUUCCUCACUUCACAAGAUGUUCUUCAAUUUAAUCCACAAGGUCUAAAGAAAUGGUUGUCGGCUACAUUUGAAGGGGCAGCGUUCCUUUUGUAUCCUGGAAUUCUUUUUUCAUCACAUGAUAAACUUCCACUUUUUUUUUUUAUACUCAUUCUUUCUUAUAGAGUUUUUAUUUUGAAAAAUAUAUGCAACAAAUCCAAUUCUGUGAUCAACAAUGUGUGCGUCUGUACUGACUUUUUUUGUAAUUGCUUGGAUAUGGUAAAGUAAAAUGGGACCCUUUACAGUUUCUUCAAAUGUAUCCUUAACUGUGCCCAGUGCAAUACCUUUUACUUGAGAGGUUUCCAUUGCUGCACCAGUAAAGUCAAACCAUGGUAUUCCAUCUCUACUGUUUUUACUAUGAAGCCAUUAAAAAAUGGCUGAUUUAAUCAGUCAACUUUGGGCAGCACUAAUAUAUGUGUAGAAAGCAAAAUGUGUUGUUUUUUAAAGACAUCUGUACAGAAUCUUAAGAUUCACCUUUGAAUUAUCAGUAUACUGUCCACAGCACAAAAAUAUUUUCUACUGGUUGUUUCAUUAUAUGGCACUGUAUAAAUAGUAAUAAUAUUUAAAAGGAACACGUGUAAAUAUUAUAACUAAUUCGGUAUUCCUGCAGUACCAAAAAAAAGGUGUUUUCUUUAUAUGGAAAGUUAGCUGCUGGAGGAUUCUCAGACAUCAGGAUUUCAGGCUCAUAAUUAGGAGCAUCUGAAUAUAAACAAACAGCCUAGUAUGAGUGAACAUUUAAAAAAAUUAUUAUUUUUUUUUUUUUAAAUAAUGUACAUGGUUGCAGUGCACUCUGCCCAGUUCAUUCACAUUUCCCCUUCAGUAUUCUUGGUUGUUUCUUUUCUACAGGCACGGCCCGGUGAGCAAACACAUUUAAGAGCUUGAGCAAUCAGAUUGAGAGUAAGAGGGAUAUACACAAGCCACCCACAAGCACACUGUAGACACAGUGGCCAUGAGAAACAUGACACUAGAUAUUGAUUUCUUAUCAAUCUUUACAACACCGUGAUCACCCUAUUUAUACACCUGUGGCUUAAUUCAUUAUUUAUUAAAUUCCUGGCACCAGCCACAUUCUCAUGUGUUUUUGCAGGGAGCAUUUUACCUCCCUCCUUGUCACCUAGUAUUCGCCCCCCACACACACAUACCUGUGCAUCGGCAGGGCUUUCACCCUGCCACACUACCACAGGGUGACAUAUUAUAACAUGCCGACGACUUUAUAGCCAGAAUCUACACUCAUGCAGUUAAAAUCCCUGAGCUCAAACGACUACUGCUGACACUAACCAUUUAAAUCCCUAACCUGUACUAAUAUAGCUAUAUUCAGAAACAACACUUUAAUAAUGGUACUCAUUACCUUAAUGCACACCUAGGUGAGCACUAUUAAAAGAUCUUACUUAAUAUGGCCAAUAGACUGAUGCCAUCAAAAUGCAAUGCGACCUUACAUCUUCUGACCUCAUCCCAUGGCCCAUUUUAGUUUUAAAAUCUCACAUGCUCUUAAAAUUGAAUUUUCUUUUUGGUCUGGAAACAAAAACUGGUCUAAUACAGAAUUGACCUUGACAAACCUAAUAUAACAAUGAUUUGAAUCAUACAAAAUAUACAAUUGAAAGACGUCUUUCACUAUAAAAUAAAAUGCAGAAUACAGCAUGAAGUUUUCUAUAUAUCUAUAAAUAUUUGCAUUUAAAGUAAUUGAGUUUGUAUUCUGGUCCAGGAGGAUGUUUUGUGAGUACUGUGCUACAUUAAAGACCAGCAAUGAUUGUUUACAGUACUGUGGUAUGCUUUAUACCAUUUGCACCCGCUGGUAAGGUGUGAAAUAUCAAAUGGAAGACAAAGUUUGUACUUGGCCUCAUUGUCCAUUUGCUGUAGAGAAGAAUGUUUUUUGGAGGGGGAAAUCAGUGAACCAGUGCCUUGGGAUCAUACAUCUCCUGUAGAUCAGAAGGGGUCAGUGCUUCCAACAGUGCAUCAAGUUGUGGGAGGUGGAAUGUGCCCAGGUUUCAGAUCAGGCAGCAUUUACAAAACACCAAACCAAGUUCAGUCGAGGAUCUAAAGCAAUAAUAUAUAUAUAUAUAUAUAUA